AUUUAGCAUACUGGAACUUGUACCACCCAAAUUCACAUAAAUUUAGAGCCUAUGUUUAUUUACCAGAUUUUUUACCUCCGAAUUUCAAAAAAUAUUUCCCCAAAACUCCAGAAUCGAAUUACGAACACUAUUUUAUUUUCACUGUCACCCAUGGAACUUGUUCAGGAUUCCCCAAUGUGCUUACUUGCAGACUUUGUUGAACUCAGCUUCUUGUUCUUUCUUCGAGCUCUUCUGAGCUUCCAGUUCUUCUUGUAUGCCCUGAACAGCUUGACGAGCUGCUUCAACGUCCUCUGCAGCCUUAGCCUCAGCUUUUCUUUCCUUCUCUCUGCGCAAAUAUGAGACCUCAUGGUGGUGAACCCGCCUUAGCAUUGUGAACAGAGUUUUCACAAGGAUUACCUGUACAACUGAUAGUGCUUAUUAUCAAUGACUGUAAUAGCGUUCUCCAACUUCAGGAACUCCACAGCCUCAUCCCUGGCCCCUUUGAGUUCUUCCAUGUCCUUUUCUACCAGCUUGACUCGGUUCAGCUUGAAGAGAAAACCAUUUAAUGGAAGCCCAGUGCAGGAAGUCUAGGUAAAAAAGCAUCAAGGAAUGUGCGCAGCCACACAAGGAAGAUUGAAUAUGGCAAUUUUGUACCUGGAGGAUGAGAAAACGAUUAUGGUCCAGGUCAAUGCCAAAUGACCGCAGCAGCCUUGCAGCCUCCUUAAUGGGUGGGUACUCACGAGUUCCUCCUUCCUCUUCAUCCAUUUCUUCAUCAGAAACGGCCUCCGUCGUCUUAUGUGCCAUUUUCUCCUCUGCUGCGUACUAUAUGUGCAUACUCAAUUACAGCGACCGUCGCAAGACGUGGAAACAUUUCUGACGCAAGCGAAACUCGAUCGUAAAGACCUUAAACACAUAGUACAGCCGCUCUCGUUUUCAAACGCGCAAGAUUCUGAACUGCUAUUAAUGGAAGUAGAUGAAGACAUACUCAAAGAUCUGAAAAACGGCGAUGUACUAACAUUCAGAGGACGAGAUGAUGAUACUGCUGUCUUGUGCACCAACAAAUGCACUUUUGAAGUGCGGGAAGCCGAAACUUCGAAUUCCCUCUUGCUUGUACCAGACUUGAUACUUCCUGCCGAAAUGGGAAGUGUUGAUGAUAACAGUCUGACAGAGUCUCCAAAACAGGUUCCAAAUAUCUUCCACACCUACCUUGAGCUCCGGCAAUGCAGUUCACGUUUAAGGCUACUGCGGGACCUCUUGCAACGCAAGCCUUUCAAAGGUACCGAGCUUGAGGAUGACGACACGACCGACCAGUACACAUUAAAUGACCUCUUCAAUGUUGUGCAGGCCAGAGAGUCCGAGAUACUAUCUACAUUGGAUGAACUACCUGUUGUUCAGCUCAAUGGAUUUUGCAGGCUCCUGGAUGUAGACUAUCACUUCAGAGUUAUCAACUUCAUAACUAAUUACAUAGAGGCAGAAUCAAUACCAAUGGACAAGGUUCCCAUGGGGGAAGCUGUCACAAAUGUAGCCGAACUAGAGCCCAGUGAAAUCGUCCGAGAGGUGUUCAAGCACUGCACAACACCCUGUCCAGCAGAUGAAGGUUUCUACUCGUUGAAUCGCGACUACAUCUGUCGACUCACUGCCCAGGCCAUUUUGAAGAAUGUUGAUAGGUUCAAUUUAAGUGAAUUUGUGGAGCUGUGGCAAAAAAGCGUUCCAGAAGGGAUCCACGUAAAUGUGGAACAGCUUGAGGGCCUGGCCAUUGUGGACCAUAUGAGCAUACCAGAAUCAAUUUAUCUGCUUGACAAGUGGGAUCUACCACAGGAGGCAUCUGAAAGGUUUGCUGCACUGUUUCGACAGAAAGAAAAGUGGACCAUGAGCGAGAUACGUCCGUACAUUGAAGACCUUUGCACGGGGGUCAAAGGCGAUGUCAACACGCUGCUGAUGAAACACGCUCGUGCAUUCAUGGAAAAUGGCGUCAGGAAGUACGCUGCCAAACACUCUGCAAAAUAAAAGCUUGUUUGUUUUUUUUUCUGUCAUGCUCUGUUACACAUACUCGUUUCGCACUAAUAAAUUAUUCUUGUGGAGACA